GACGGUCUUAGCCCCUCUGAAGGGAAAGAGGGUCCGCCAUGUUCCCCGGCGGCGCCGCCGCUUGGCUCUGGUAGCCGCCGCCCCCGCCCCCAACCCCGCCCGUCCCGGCACCUAGCCGAGCCCCGGGCCCAGCAUGGCCGCCCCGGAGCCGGCCCGGGCCGCGCCGCCCCCGCCCCCGCCCCCACCGCCCCCUCUCGGGGCCGACCGCGUCGUCAAAGCUGUUCCUUUUCCCCCAACUCAUCGGCUGACAUCUGAAGAAGUGUUUGAUAUGGAUGGGAUACCCAGGGUUGAUGUUCUGAAGAACCACUUGGUAAAAGAAGGGCGGGUGGAUGAAGAAAUUGCACUAAGAAUUAUCAAUGAGGGUGCUGCCAUACUUCGGCGGGAGAAAACCAUGAUAGAAGUAGAAGCUCCAAUUACAGUGUGUGGUGACAUCCAUGGCCAAUUUUUUGAUCUGAUGAAACUUUUUGAAGUAGGAGGAUCACCUGCUAAUACACGAUACCUUUUUCUUGGUGAUUAUGUGGACAGAGGUUAUUUUAGUAUAGAGUGUGUCUUAUAUUUAUGGGUCUUGAAGAUUCUAUACCCAAGCACAUUAUUCCUUCUGAGAGGCAACCAUGAAUGCAGACACCUUACUGAAUAUUUUACCUUUAAGCAGGAAUGUAAAAUUAAAUAUUCAGAAAGAGUCUAUGAAGCUUGUAUGGAGGCUUUUGACAGCUUGCCCCUUGCUGCACUUCUAAACCAACAAUUUCUUUGUGUUCAUGGUGGACUUUCACCAGAAAUACACACACUGGAUGAUAUUAGGAGAUUAGAUAGAUUUAAAGAGCCACCUGCAUUUGGACCAAUGUGUGACUUGCUAUGGUCUGAUCCUUCUGAAGACUUUGGAAAUGAAAAAUCACAAGAACAUUUUAGUCAUAAUACAGUUCGAGGAUGUUCUUAUUUUUAUAACUAUCCAGCAGUGUGUGAAUUUUUGCAAAACAAUAAUUUGUUAUCGAUUAUUAGAGCUCAUGAAGCUCAAGAUGCAGGCUAUAGAAUGUACAGAAAAAGUCAAACUACAGGGUUUCCUUCAUUAAUAACAAUUUUUUCGGCACCUAAUUACUUAGAUGUCUACAAUAAUAAAGCUGCUGUACUAAAGUAUGAAAAUAAUGUGAUGAACAUUCGACAGUUUAAUUGCUCUCCACAUCCUUAUUGGUUGCCCAAUUUUAUGGAUGUCUUUACAUGGUCUUUACCAUUUGUUGGAGAAAAAGUGACAGAAAUGUUGGUAAAUGUUCUGAGUAUUUGUUCUGAUGAUGAACUAAUGACAGAAGGUGAAGACCAGUUUGAUGUAGGUUCAGCUGCAGCCCGGAAAGAAAUCAUAAGAAACAAGAUCCGAGCAAUUGGCAAGAUGGCAAGAGUCUUCUCUGUUCUCAGGGAGGAGAGUGAAAGCGUGCUGACACUCAAGGGCCUGACUCCCACAGGGAUGUUGCCUAGUGGAGUGUUGGCUGGAGGACGGCAGACCUUGCAAAGUGCCACAGUUGAGGCUAUUGAGGCUGAAAAAGCAAUACGAGGAUUCUCUCCACCACAUAGAAUCUGCAGUUUUGAAGAGGCAAAGGGUUUGGAUAGGAUCAAUGAGAGAAUGCCACCCCGGAAAGAUGCUGUGCAGCAAGAUGGUUUCAAUUCCCUGAACACCGCACAUACCACUGAGAACCACGGGACUGGCAACCAUAGUGCCCAGUGACCAGCGGCUUCCCAGGGACUCUCACAUCUUGGGCCCCAAAUGGACAGAUCACUUCAAGGAGCUGGAGGGGUUGACCAAGGUGAUGAUAAAUGUCAUAAUCUCUCUGAAGAAACCAUUGUGCUUUCUGAGAUCCGUGCCCCCUUCCUGGAUGGAGGCUUGAGGGCCCUGGGACUUGUGCCGUCUAUAAGAUUGGGUAAUCGCUGCCACAGAGGAGAGCAGUGAGCAAGGGGCUUGGGGCAAUUUCCAGUGGAGGAUAUCUACACCUCCAUUUAUGCUUGUGGUUCACACAUUUACGUUUACAAAUGAGAUUUCCUUUGUUUUUCCCCUCAGUAGAAUUAGACAUUUUUCAACCAUGACUUUAAAUACAAUCUUUAGAGAUAACGUGGAACUCCCCCCAUCACCCUCACCCCAUGAAAUGUCUUUAAAAGGAUGGAUUAGCAUGGUCUUAAAAUAUAUUUCUGAGGUUACUAGAUGUAUUUUGACUUGUAGACAAAAUCUGAGAAACCCAGUUGGUGUUUAUAUAAAAUGCUGACCUCAGGUUAUAGUUCUUAAAUGUGGCUAAUUCUGUAACAUAGUCUUGGUAUUUUUCAAUUAUGAAUGCAUAAACUAUUUCUAAGAAGACUCUUACUUGAACAAAAUCCAAAAACCAAUUUAGAUUCUUUUUUGCCCAUAUCUUUUGUGAUUUACACCCCAGAGAUUUAAGGAAAAAACAAAAACAAAACAAAAUGAAAUUUUAAAAUUAUGAAGAAUUACAGAAUUACUCAUUUAAGGUACUUUAAAAGAAGUUUGUACAUUGUCAAAGUAAAUUUUAAUUCAAAUCAUGUCUGUAAAACUUGACGUAUUUUGUGUAUGCAUGUUUUCAUUUUGCAAAUAUUUAAUAUAUAGACCUAUGAUGUACAGGUACAACAUGUAUAGGUUACGUAGAUAUUAUGAGAAAUUUUAGUUUAUUGUGAGUACUCCAGUUGCUUUAAAAACCACCAGGGUGAUUUGCUGCUGGCUUUGUAUCAUCUUUAUGUUUAAAUGCAAAGGAAAUUAAAAAUGUCUGGAAAUGUUUUUGACUAAGUAAUGCAGCCUAGAAGCAAUGGUUCUCUUCAACCCUUCAGAUGUCUAGUGGAAGCAUAAAAGUCAAGACUGCAUGUCGAAAUUUUACUUUUGAUAGUUACAGAACUGCUUGGUUAAACUAAAUGGAACCAUGUGCUAAUUUUACAGUGACUGACCUGUACUGAUUACCACUGUAGUUUGGUAUUUCCCUUUACUUUGGUGGCCUGCUUCCCUCAUGCCCUGGAGUACAGCUCAUAGCACCAGGCAGCGGAACCAUCUGUUGUUUUGUUUGCCAGAAAGUGCAGCCUGUAUGGUCUUCUGUCUAAGUUGGAAAUAUUAUGCAUGUGCAGGACUAUUCAAGUAUUUUAUAAACAGUAGCACACAAUAAAUUCCAUGCAUGGGCCGCUGCUCCUAUCUCUGUGUUGGGUUUUAUUUGGAAGAUGUAGUCUGAUAUAACCUUUUUAUGCAAAUUGUAAAAUCUCUGUUAACAAAGCUAGGAUAUUUUUAGAAAUUAUCCUAUAGAUAAUUAAUGAUGAUUUCAUGAGUUAAAUUCUUGUCUCCAUAAAUUUUGUUUUCCCCUUCAACUUUUGUUAUACUUUUUUAUUUAAUAUGAGUAGUUGAGUAUUAAAGAACUUUGGAUUCCUAUAAUAAUUUUCCAAAAUAUAAUAUAAUAUUGGAGUGGUAGGGUGCUUGUCAGUCAUGUGCAAAGCUCCAGGUUCUACACCUAGUACUAUAUGUAAAAUAAAAGUCACUAUUUUCACCAACUCUGGGUUAGAAGAGAUGUUCUAGUCUUGAACUUUGUUAGAGUGAUACUGAUAAAUUGGGUAUUUUAGCAAUAAGCCAAAAUACUAAUAGUAGCUUGCUUUGCCUCCUCUGCCAUUGUUGAAUUGAGUAUAACAUUGUGCAAAUUGAGAAAUUACUCACAAUAUAUAAUAUGGCAAGUAACUUUAAACAGUGGCUAUGAGACACAUAAGGCAUCGUUUUAUAUCAAAAUGUAUAUUCUAGGCAAAUUCCAGUUAAAAACAAUCUAAAUUGUUUAUUAUAGUGUCUAAUGCAAUAUUAAAUUGUAAACCAAUCCA